AUGACAACAAUUGUGGCCAUAAAGUCAGUAGACACAACUACAGGAGCUACACCCAACGCAAAUAAAUCCACAGCCACCACAGCUAUUCUGUCGGCUUCUUCCACAACAAACUACACUAUUAGUCCUCCAUCAACAGUUAGUUCCUCCCCCAUCUUAUUCUACCAACAAAACUCACCUUCUCCCACAAUAUCAUCUAAUGAAUCUCUCGAUACAAUCAAGUCUUCGUCGUCUACUAUAAAACAACAACAACAACAACAACAACAACAACCAAAGCAACAACCGAUGUCCAUAACACUAGUACAGCCUCAACCAAUGUCCAUAUCCACAACCGUACAUAUUCUGAUCAAACCACCAAGUCCUAGUCCACAAGCAUCAUCAUCAUCAUCAUCAUCAUCAUCACAGCUCACUCUGCAACCUAAGAAAAAGAAGCUCUUGAAUAUACCAAAUUAUUAUGUCCCUCCAAAAAACAACUAUACCUUAUCGUCAACGUCGUUGUCGUCGUCAUCAUCAUCCCCAAGCAUAGAUACCCAGCAACGGCCACAGCAGCAGCAGACGCAGCCACCGCCACCGCUGCUGCUUCUGCUGUCGCUGCAACUGCUGUCGCUGCAACUGCUGCUUCUGCUUCUGCUGCUGAAACCACAACCGCCCAAACUAGUUCGUAAAAAAUCAGGCGAAUUAGUCAAAUCAUCACUAAGACUAAACCGCUCUUCAUUAUUGCAAAGAUCCUUGUCAUCGCCAAAUUUCAUAAGCAACAACCACAAUAGUAAUGGAAGUGAGUCACCUAGAAAAAGCGUCCGUUUUGCUUCAAGGUUAACUAAUGUCAAAAUGUUUGAUGAAAUGGAAUCACCUGCAUCAGUCUCAUCGAGAAAUAGUCCUUGUGACUCACCACCUAACGAAUUACUGCUGGUGACAAUAAAUAGAAGAAGGCGCACAAGGCGAGGAGCAACAGAUUUGAAUGGUAGACCAAUACUAUCAGACUUGGAUGAUUUACUUGACGUGGCUCGCGAAGAUUACGAUUUUGAAAUGUUGAUGAAGAUGAAUUCCAAGCCUAAAAAUUUUCAAACAGAUUCAAGAAAUAAGAAUCAUUUCGACUGGAAUUGGAGUACUAGUUCAAGCAGUGAUGAAGAGAAUGAACAGGAUGAAGAAGAGGAAGAUGAAGGAAGAGAAGAAGAGGCAAAAGGUUAUGUGAGAGAGUAUAGAUUACUUAAACACAAUCUACCAAAGUAUAGAAGUUUUAAUGGUAAUGACGACAAGAUUUGGAUCAGCUCGGCAUAUUUGUUAAAGUCUUCAGAUAAAACACAUCUUUGUGGAUUUAUCCAAGUGCAAAAUUUAGCAUAUGAAAAAGAUUUGAUGUUGAAGAUGACGUUGGACGAUUGGAAGACCCUGUUUAGAUUUGGUGGGAAAAGCAUUAUUUCAUUUGUUAAGAGCAUUGAUAAUCAUAUUGAUGAGUUCAAGUUUAUGAUAAACUUGAAGGAUAUAGAAGACGUGAAUGGAAGUCUGGGAAAACAAGUGCAGCAUUUGCAAAAUGGCAAUGAUAAUGUUAGUGUUAUAAAAAGGAGGUUGCAAUUAUGUGUGAGAUACCAAGUUGCUGGUUGUGAAUAUUGGGCAAACAACUCGGGGAAUAAUUACGUUUUUGAAAUCAAUGAAAUUUUGAGAAAACCGUUUACUAUCAAAUCAAGUGGAGAUGGAGUACAUGGUAUUCAGUUUAGGAGAAAGAGUAUGGGCUCAGCAGCAUCAACAGCCUCAAUGGAAGAAGUUUGCUCUAAAUUACUACAACACCAACAAAACACUACUCUCGGCCAUCUAAAUUUGAAAAUGAAUGAAUUGUCUCUUUUCAACAAUUUUCAAGAGUCGAUAUCAACAACAACAACAACGACAAAUGUUAAUAUUACCAACACUAUGACAAAUAAGAAUUCAACCACCCCAGCAUCAAGAAGACCCCUCUUAAAUAAGUCAUAUUCAUUAAACGAUAUCUGUGGGAAUAAUUUCAAGUACUCUAAUCUUCAAUCCACCAUGGAUCAUCGAAAUCUCAUUGGAGGAGGAGGAGGAGGAGGAGAAGAAAAAGGUGCAUUAUAUGCUGACAUUGACUAUACUGAUUUAGUUAAAAAGUUUUGCUUUGCUAAUAGUAAUAGCAAUAUUCAUCUUCAACUGGGGAACAAAACAAAUAAAGUGAGUGCUGGUAUUGGCCGUAGCAUGAGUCCCAGUGGGAACGGCGGAUGUGCUGUUGCACAAAGUGUUGCUUCUACAUUUCAGCAUUUCAGUGACUCCUCAAUUCAUAUUUAG